GAACCAGAGCUGCAUUCUGAUUGGCUCCUUGCUGCUCUCUGAUUGGUCGGCUGCCAGCUUUAUAAUAAACCUGCAGCUCAGCGCCGUCACUCAAACUCACCAGGAGGGACGUCGCUCAGGCCCGGGCCUCCAUCUGAACGGGGUGUUAUCACUUCCUGUCAGGAUGACCUCCAUCCCCGACCUGAUCCGGAAGAAGAGAGACGGAGGUCAGCUGACCGAUGAAGACAUCAGAGUCUUCAUCGGGGCUGUCACAGGGAAGACCAUUCAGGACUGUCAGACAGGAGCCAUGCUGAUGGCCAUCUGGCAGCGGGGGAUGGUCACCGCCGAGACCACCACCUUCACAAGAGAGAUGAUGUCAUCAGGGGAAGUGAUGUCGUGGCCAGACGAGUGGAGGGGGUUGAUGGUGGACAAACACUCUACAGGGGGGGUGGGGGACAAAGUCAGCCUGGUUCUGGCGCCAGCACUCGCCGCCUGCGGCUGCAAGGUGCCGAUGAUCAGUGGGCGGGGCCUAGCCCACACAGGAGGAACUUUGGACAAGCUGGAAUCGAUUCCAGGGUUCCAGAUCCAGCAGUCGUCCGAACAGAUCAGGAACAUCCUGGGCUCGGUGGGCUGCUGCAUUGUGGGUCAGACAGAAAGGCUGGUUCCAGCAGAUCGGGUCCUGUAUGCUCUGCGGGACGCCACAAGCACUGUGGACAGCCUGCCUCUAAUUACUGGAUCCAUCAUCUCAAAGAAAGGGGCGGAGUCUCUGUCCGCUCUGGUUCUGGAUGUGAAGUUUGGACGGGCCGCUCUCUACAAAGACCAGCAGGGAGCUCGGGAACUUGCUGACAUGCUGAUGAGUGCGGGGAACGGGUUGGGCAUCCGGACGGGGGCCGUCCUCAGCCGUAUGGACGGCGUGAUCGGCCGGCGUGUGGGAAACAGUCUUGAAGUGAUGGAAUGUCUGGAGACGCUGAAGGGGAACGGACCCGACGACCUGAUGGAGCUGACCACCACGCUAGGCGGCCUGCUGCUGACCAUGACGGGCGCAGCGUCCGACCUAUCAGAGGGCAGAAGAAGACUCUCUGACGCGGUGAUUGGUGGAGCAGCUCUCUCCAAGUUCCAGGCCAUGAUGGAGGCUCAGGGCGUGGCCAAAGAGACAGCUGAGGAGCUUUGCUCCGCCCACACUGAUUACUUCAAAGUCUUCAGGAAAUCGGAGCAUCAGAUGGAGCUGACGGCUGCAGCAGAUGGCAUCGUCUGCGACAUCGACGGGAUGGUCGUAGCUCAGGUUCUCCAUAAAUUAGGCGCAGGACGAUCCAUGGCUGGGGAUCCUGUCAAUCACAGCGUGGGGGCGGAGCUGCUGGUGUCACUGGAUCAGAGAGUCCGGACAGGCAGUCCCUGGCUUCGGCUCCACUACGAGGAUCCGGCUCCGAGUCCGGAUCAGAUCCAGCAGCUGCAGAAAGCUUUGACUGUGGGAACCCGAACCCAGCAGAACCGCCCGUUGGUGGAGGAAGUCCUGUUGUCCUGACGACGCACGAGCAGAACCUCCCACUGGUUCCAGAAAACAAGUCCUUCAACAGAACAGGGCUGUCCAACCGGGUCGCUCAGGGGCCAAAAUCCCAAACGAGAACGCGGGCCGAAGGAUCAACCUUUGUUACACAAACUACAGCUAAGCGUUAAAAGCUUCACCUCAUUGAAAACGUAAAUAUGAAUAAAUAUUUAAAUAAAUACAUAUGGGAUAAAUGCA